AUGGAUCCCUACUUCAGGACCGCUUCUCCCUACACAGAUCCUUCCGUCAAAGGUCCCAAGUCGCAGAUCCAGGCAUCGGGAAUAGAUUUACGCAAGAUGAUUUCAAGCAACGUUAACAAGACUGCUCUGCACCCUGGCGGUGUUCAGCCCUACCGCGAGCACACCGAGCUCGAGGAGGAGCUUCACGAGAUUGCUCACAUCGACUACGACCGCGUCGCCAUUGUAAGUCUUUGGUUGGAAAUCUCCCGCGCACCGUGGUAUAAGCACGUUUUGCUCACAGGGAUUGCCCCGCUGCAGGUCGCCAACCCCUCCGUCGCCGCGCUCUACGAAGAUGCCCUCGUCUACGAGAGCGGCACUGCCAUCACCUCCAGCGGUGCUCUGACUGCCUACUCUGGCGCAAAGACCGGACGCUCUCCCCUGGACAAGCGAAUUGUCAAGGAGCCAUCUUCAGAAGAAAACAUCUGGUGGGGACCAGUCAACAAGCCCAUGAGCCCUGAAGUCUGGAAGAUCAACCGAGAGCGUGCUGUCGACUACCUCAACACCCGCAACCGCAUCUACGUCAUUGACGGCUAUGCUGGCUGGGACGAGAAGUACAGAAUCCGCGUCCGUGUCAUCUGCGCUCGCGCCUACCAUGCUCUCUUCAUGAGGAACAUGCUCAUCCGCCCUCCUCGUGAGGAGCUCGAGCACUUCCAUCCCGACUACACCAUCUACAAUGCCGGAACCUUCCCUGCCAACCGAUACACCGAGGGCAUGACCUCCGCCACAUCCGUGUCCAUCAACUUCGCCGCCAAGGAGAUGGUCAUCCUGGGUACCGAGUAUGCCGGUGAGAUGAAGAAGGGCAUCUUCACCGUUCUCUUCUACGAGAUGCCCAUCAAGCACAACGUCCUGACCCUGCACUCGUCUGCCAACGAGGGCAAGAACGGUGAUGUCACACUCUUCUUCGGUCUGUCUGGGACUGGCAAGACCACCCUGUCUGCCGACCCCAACCGCGCCCUGAUUGGCGAUGACGAGCACUGCUGGAGUGACCGCGGUGUCUUCAACAUUGAGGGUGGCUGCUACGCCAAGUGCAUUGGCCUGUCCGCCGAGAAGGAGCCCGAUAUCUACGGCGCCAUCCGCUACGGCUCCAUCCUUGAGAACGUCGUCUUCGACCCCGUCACCCGCGAGGUCGACUACGACGAUGUCACUCUCACCGAGAACACCCGCUGCGCCUACCCCAUCGAGUACAUCUCCAACGCCAAGAUCCCCUGCUUGACCGACAACAUGCCCACCAACAUCAUCCUCCUCACCUGCGAUGCCCGUGGUGUCCUGCCCCCCAUCUCCAAGCUGGACAGCGCCCAGACCAUGUUCCACUUCAUCUCCGGCUACACCUCCAAGAUGGCCGGCACCGAGGACGGCGUCAACGAGCCCCAGGCCACCUUCUCCAGCUGCUUCGCCCAGCCCUUCCUGGCCCUCCACCCCAUGAAGUACGCCCGCAUGCUCGCCGACAAGAUUGAGCAGAACAAGGCCAACGCCUGGCUGCUCAACACCGGCUGGGUCGGCGCCGGCUUCGCCCAAGGCGGCAAGCGAUGCCCCCUCAAGUACACUCGUGCCAUCCUCGACGCCAUCCACUCUGGCGAGCUCGCCCAGGUCGAGUUUGAGAACUACGACGUCUUCAACCUGCAGGUUCCCAAGUCCUGCCCCAACGUCCCCGAGGACCUGUUGAACCCCAAGAAGGCCUGGACCGCCGGUGGCGACAGCUUCCAGCGCGAGGUUGUCAAGCUGGGCCAACUCUUCCGCGAGAACUUCAAGAAGUACGAGAGCGAGGCUACCCCCGAUGUCAUUGCCGCCGGCCCCAGCGUCUAA